AUGACGCUAACGGUUUGUGUUGAGCCUACAAGGCUCCUAGUAGAGUACACCAGGCGCAAGCACCUCCCGGCCCCGCCGACAACACGACCUGAACGGUGGUUUUUCCCGAUCUACCAUAGGUUUCCUUCAAUAAACGGUGAAUCUCCGAUAAUGGAUGAGCAUGUGGACGAAUCCUGUGGCGACUAUUCACUCGAAGAAGAAGAUGAGCGUUUCAGGAGGGACCUUGAGACUGCUCUGGAGCUGUCUCUGCAGGAGCAGAGCAUGAGGGACUUCAGUGACUCGCUUGAGUGGACAUUGAAAGAGAUUCAGGUCGAGGUGAGCAGACCAGUUGCGCUUUCUAAGGACGACCCUGUGAGCACCGAAAUUCGUGCAGACCUUAAACGCCAGGAGGUUGAUGUCCUCAAGCAGAACCUGGCUCAAACUUCCCUCCGCAAUGGUGCAACACCUGAGAAAAAGGUUCUGCAAAGGCUGUCACAGGGUAGAACUUGGGCGCAGCGCGUUUCAGCUGGAAGCUGCCGAGAGAAUGCGGGAGUGUCGAGUGAAAACUGCGGAGGGGAUACGAGCGCUUCGCCACAUAGCGACGAUUUUGACGUAGACAAUAUCCCUCGCUGCCCGGUCGGCGAAGGAUCACAGCGAGCGGAAUGGUAA